CGCCCGCCCCGCCGGCCCGCAGCCCCUGGCGCCCUGAGGAGCCCGGGAAGAGGCCGGCACCAGCCAGGCCAGCGCGAGCCCGAGUGCCACCCGGCCGGAUCGAGAAACGCCGGAGGAAGUUUGUCCCCUUCCGCGCGCCGUGGCGCCCGGGGUGGGAGCGCGCGACAUGGGCGAGACCAUGUCCAAGAGGCUGAGGCUGCACCUAGGCGGCGAAGGAGACAUGGAGCGGGCAUUCGCCAACCCCUUCCCGGACUACGACGCCGCCGGCGCCGCGGGGCUUGGUGCCGGGGCGGCCGAGGAGACGAGCGGCACUCGGCCCUCGCCCGCCGCCGACGAGCCCGGCCUCCCUUUCCACCCCGACGGGAAGAUCAUUCAGAAUUUCACUAGGAGGAUUCAGACCAAAAUCAAAGAUCUUCUGCAGCAAAUGGAAGAAGGGCUGAAGACAGCUGAUCCUCAUGAUUGCUCUGCUUAUACUGGUUGGACAGGAGUAGCCCUCUUGUACCUGCAACUGUACCGGGUCACUGGUGACCAGACUCACCUGCUCCGAUCCCUGGAUUACGUCAAGAGGACACUUCGGAACCUGAGUGGCCGCAGGGUCACUUUCCUCUGUGGAGACGCUGGGCCACUCGCUGUGGGAGCCGUGAUAUAUCAUAAACUCAAGAGUGACUGCGAGUCCCAGGAAUGCAUCACAAAACUUCUGCAGUUGCACAGAACUGUCGUCUGCCAGGAGUCUGAGCUUCCUGAUGAGUUGCUGUAUGGACGGGCAGGGUAUCUGUAUGCCUUACUGUACGUGAACACGGAGAUUGGCCCAGGCACCGUGAGCGAAUCUGCUGUUAGAGAGGUAGUCAAUGCUAUUAUUGAAUCGGGGAAGACUUUGUCAAGGGAAGAAAGAAAAGCUGAGCGCUGUCCCUUGUUGUAUCAGUGGCACAGGAAGCAAUAUGUUGGAGCAGCCCAUGGCAUGGCUGGAAUCUACUACAUGUUAAUGCAGCCAUCAGCAAAAGUGGACCAAGAAACCUUGACAGAAAUGGUGAAGCCUAGUAUCGAUUAUGUGCGCCACAAAAAAUUCCGAUCUGGGAAUUAUCCAUCUUCAUUAAGCAAUGAAACAGAUCGCUUGGUACACUGGUGCCACGGUGCCCCUGGAGUCAUCCACAUGCUCCUGCAGGCUUACCAGGUUUUUAAGGAGGAGAAGUACUUAAAAGAGGCCAUGGAGUGCAGCGAUGUGAUUUGGCAGCGAGGUCUUCUCCGGAAGGGCUAUGGCAUCUGCCACGGCACUGCUGGGAACGGCUACUCCUUCCUGUCCCUUUACCAUCUCACACAGGACAGGAAGCACCUCUACCGAGCCUGCAAGUUUGCAGAGUGGUGUCUGGACUAUGGAGCGCAUGGGUGCCGCAUCCCUGACAGGCCCUAUUCCCUCUUUGAAGGCAUGGCCGGCGCCAUUCACUUCCUCUCCGACGUCCUCAUGCCAGAGACAUCACGGUUUCCAGCGUUUGAACUGAGCUCUUCCCAGAGGGAUUAAAAAGGUGCAAAAAGACAACUAAGAUACCCAUUGGACCAAAAGCCUCCAGACUGCCCAGUGCCUGACACACAAGCGUGAACCCUGGAAGGAGAAGAGCAGCGCCUUUCCAGGCCCUGCUGUUGGAGAGACCUCAAGUCAGAGCAUGAGUGACAGAAGCCACCCGUCAGCAUUUGUGACAGUGUUGCCCUCUGUGUAUGAAAUACAAAUUCUUCACAUCCGGUUCCUUGGUGUUUGCAUGUUCCCUGGUGUUGUCUUUAGGCAUGAGUUGUUCUCUUCACACGUGCACAGAGCAGGGCGUGCACAGGUUCCGUUGGCGGCUGCACUUCUGUGUAUAUGCAUAAGGGUAUCAUCUCUGUGGACAGCAGGGACUGUUGGGAGGCAUCUCCUGUAUAUUAGGAAGGUCAUCAAGGGCAGCAUCCUAGUGAGAAGGUCUUGGUGUUUUCCAUGGCUACCUUUCUGAAGAACAUGAGGAAAAGACCACUCCCAACACUGAGAAGGAACACUGGAGAAGAGAGCAUCUGCUGGAACAUUUGGGGAGAGCAUGGUUAAGGCCACCCCCUUCCUGUUUUGGGCUGGCCUUGGGAUUUCCAGAAGUUCGAGGGGGUCGCUGGGACUCCAUCAAGGCUCCUCUUGUUUUACCAACCUUACAUGAAGUUCAUGGGGCUCCUUGAGGUCCAAGGCAGCCCUGAGCUUCACAGUGCCAGUGCCAUGAGUAACCUUUACUGACCACAUUGUGAAUAGCAGUGACUAAAUGCUAGUAAUUCUAGAACUCACCCAGGUAUGUGUUAUUACAAUAGAUCCCAUCUCAGUUCUACCAUAUUAUACCGUAUUUUACCAUAUUAUAAGUUGUUAUUAUGUUAUUAUAAGAACAGUGGUUAAAUUGCAAAUGGAUGGUAGAUCACUAAAAGUUUGAAAUAAGCUUAGUUGUAAGAACAUAGAUCUAGUUGAGAAUUGUCCUAAGUAUAAAUUUGGAAUGAAUACAUUCCUUAUUUUUCAUGUACUUUGGGGGAAUAAAAUCAAAAGUACUAGUCUGGAUUUGUACAUAUGAGGAGCAACAUUCAUGUUCUAACCAAGAAAAUUACAGUAUCAUCUGAGUGACAUUUUCUUAAAGGGAUAUUGAUUUGGAUUAGCACCCCCUUAGUAAUUCUGUCCUAUAGAAUUCCAUUUUUAGAGCGGUUUUUGUUAUCAGGGUACAAAAGUGGCCUAGGCUUUCUAAGAACUUCUCCUUGUGUAAGGUAAGGUAUGCGUCACAGAAGACAGGACUUGGUCCUUGUGCACAGGGGUGUUUAAGGGUCCAUCAGGCCUGGUUUCCAGUCCUUUUGUAAAGAGAAAGGAAGAAUAUCUGUUUAGAAGACCAGUCGCCUUUUAUGCAUGUGCAGUUUUCCAGGCAUUGCUGAACCUGACAUGUGACCUUCAGUUUCUAAGGGAUGCCCUUGAGCCUCCUCAUUGCAGACAACCCUGCUUCCAAGUCACAGUUUCUUCCACAUUAGCGUGGUGGCUUAACCCUCAUGAUUAAGCUUUAAGUGACUUCCUGCCCACUGAUGGCUUUUCAGGGGGGUCCAGCACCCCAUUCUAGCCGAGGACCUCACAUGAUACCCAGUCUCAUCCAACAGCACAGUUCCCACCCUCCCGCCCAUGUCAUGGAAUAACAACACACACUGAGCUUGCUAAGGAGGCCCAGCUGCCUCCUUUCUGUGGGAGCAGAAAGUGGGACUCACCAAAGCCCUGGGCUCUCAGUAUAGCCCUACCCUGCAAAGGGAGACUGCAGGGGUGCCCUGAUUCCAGCCCAGUGCGCUUGCUCCUGUGCAUGUGUGAAAAUGACCUGCUCAACUUUCUGACCAGCAUGCUGAGGAGAGAGAAAAUACCCGUGGCACAAAUGGAGCAGAUUUAUUGUCAAGGUUGGAAAGCCUUCUGGGUCAACACCUUGCUCCUUAUCCUCUGGUUACUGACAGCUUGCAGUUCUGUGACUGCAUGGACCCCUUUUCUCAUUUCUGUUACAUGGGCUGCUGUAUGAAGGCCCAGCUCCCAGUUCCUACAGGCGGGGGGGAAAUGGCACAUACCGCAGAGGGAGGGGGGUCCAUGGACAUCCAGCUAACGGUUGUAAGUGUUCAGAAUCAGAUUUCACAGCAUCUCACGUCCAUUUAUUGGACUUGUUUGUGUCCAUAACUGUGUUUUCCAGAAUGUAAAAUUUAAAAAUAUGUACACCCACAAUACCAUUUUAAAAUCUGAAGGAAAGAAGUUGAUGUCCACAAAAAUUGUUUAGGGUUCUUUGGUUUUGUUAGUAAAAGCAGUUUUGUGGUGAUA